CUUCAGUUCAUCUGCUUCUCGCAAUCUCAAAGCCACUCUCUGACACAGAUUUCUGAUCAGUGUCUAGGAAAAAUCACUGCGAAAAACUCAACCAAAUCAUUCCAUUGCUCUGCUUUUGACACUCAUUUCCAAUGCUGAAGCAGAACAUUCUUCAUUUGGAAUACAUAAGAUGUGGCAACAGACUGGUUAAAUCUAUAGAAACCAGUGCAUUUCGUAGAUGGAUGAGUAGCAGCAAUGGUGUCAGACUGUCGUUUCCAAGAGCUGAAGCUUCUUCAUCCAUGACUAUAAUAAACAAAAGCUGCACGUGGAGAGUGAAUAGCUUAGGACAGGAGAUCCAAGCGGACUUAAGUGAUGAAAACGAAGAAGAAGAAGAUCUAUGUCCGGUUGAGUGUGUAACUGAGUUCAAGACAGAUGAUGAACUUGUCAGAGUCCUGGAGAAAGCCAAAGAGAAUAACACUCUGGUUGUGGUUGAUUUCUACCGUCCUUCAUGUGGUAGCUGUAAAUACAUAGAGCAGGGCUUCUCAAAGCUAUGCAAGCAAUCUGGUGACCAAGAAGCUCCCGUUAUCUUUCUGAAGCAUAAUGUAAGAGUAUCAUACAUACUCUUAAGUAUGAAUACGUUAACAACUUCAACAUUCAUUAGUUGCUCAAAUGAUUUGCAGGUGAUAGAUGAAUAUGAUGAACAAUCUGAAGUCGCUGAAAGGCUGCGUAUCAAGUCGGUUCCUCUGUUCCACUUCUACAAAAACGGAGUUCUGUUAGAAGCAUUUGCAACUAGAGACAAGGAGAGGAUUGACGCUUCUAUAGCCAAAUAUACUUACUCUGAAUCUUCUAGCACAUCGGAUUAAACCACACUUUUGGUUCUCUCUCUCAAAUCAUAGAUAAUGAUGUAAACUAUAUUGAACAACAGCAACAAUCCCCAAACUUGUUGUAAAGAUGCAUAAAACAGCUCUCAUUCUUCUUGCAAGGUAUCAUACUGAAUAAGCAGAUGCAACAUUUUUCUGAUGUUGGUAAUUUGAUUUAAGAUUCGGUUAUGGUUUCUAUAAUACAUGUGAUGGUGAGAAGAUAAGUUCAUAGAGAAGAGCAACUGAUACUAUCAUACUACAACGGUUUUCUAUCUUCUAAACUCUUAUCAUAGUAUUUAGUGACUGCCUGAAAGAUUAGAUCUAUCCCCAUUAGCAAGAGAAACAAAGGCAGAGUGUUCUUCGAAAGUUGCAGGUUCAGAGUUCGAGUUGUUAGCAUCGGCAUCACAA